UAAAGAAUCCAUCAACAUAUGAGAAUACGAUUCUUCCUUGAUUUCUGUUCCUUAAUUUCUGAGCAGCAGCUACUAGAGCAUCUUCAACAUGGAGUGAGAAGCAGGCUUUGAAUCAGAAUAGAAAAUGAAGGAACUAAAAAAGUAAGAGUAGAAGUGACACCAUUAUUACUAAAAGGAUAUAUUCUUGUUUACACCCAAAUGAACAGAACAAAUGAAUUCCCUUAGUUGACAUAUGAAGCAAUAUUUGCACCAGGAAAAAAGAAAAGCAUUUUACAUGAUCAACUGAAGAGGAAGGUGAAAUCAUGAGCCGCAACAUGAACAAUUUUACACAUUUGCUUGGGCCAUGGCAAACAGAUUUUAGAUCCAAUGAUGGCCACACUUUCAAUCAUCGUGAAUCCAAUGAGGUGCCUGUGUUUUACAGAUCUCACUCUACUCAUGUCACUGAUGACAGAAGUUCAGGUGUAUUAGCUCGACAACGGUUUUCGGACUUCAGAAAUCCUUUAGGAUUCCACAGUAUACCAAAUUUUCCAGCACCACCACCUAGAAGACAACAAAUUCAUGUGCACAAUGAGGAUAUGAGAAGGCUUAGAGAGAUUUUCCUUCAGCCACCUCAAAGAUCCACAUUCCAAAUAAACACACAAGCUCCCCCACCGGUAGAAAUUUCCAAAUCAACGGCUUUGAGCAAGCUUAAGAAAGUAGUCCAUGACCCUCCACCAAAGAGGUAUGCUAGGAGGGUGAGCUUAUAUUACAGAAACAAUGUUGCAAAGCCUUGGAAAGAGAAGGAGAAAGAAAAGGAUGAAGAUGGCAAGAGUUGUGCUAUUUGCUUGGAAGAUUUUGAGCCCAGUGAGGAGGUCAUGCUCACUCCUUGCAACCACAUGUUUCAUGAGGAUUGCAUUGUACCAUGGCUAACAAGUAAGGGCCAGUGCCCAGUUUGUAGGUUUGUGAUUUUUGAGAUAGAAAGGGGGAAUCAAUCAUCCUUCAAUAACAAUGACAUUGCCAAUUUGGAACCUAGCAACAUUAUUAAUAGAGAGUUUUUGUCAAUUUUGAGGGCAAUGGAAGAAGAUUUUCAAUUGAGCAGUAUGACUUACUAAUGUACACAUAAGAAUUUGCUACAGUUGGGGGGAAGAUUUAUUUGUAGCUUCCAACAUAUACAUGUUUUUCUGUUUUUGGCACAACAUAUACUACGAAAUUUCGCAGGCAGAACUUGUGAGUUGUGAGUGAUAUGGAAAUGAGACCGAUUGGAAACCAACUUCUUAUCCAAUAUUUUUCUUUUCAAAUGCAGUAAUUUAAGUUCUGCAUACAU